UCUAGCUGUGAUCGAUUGUAUGCUUUUAGCGUUUCAUGAAUAUACCAGUUAAAAUUGUAAACAACUGUAAACGUAACAUAUGAACGAAAGAUGAAAAUAUCUUACCUUGAAUAGUCAAAAUAGAGCAGAAGCUUGAAAAUUUAACAAAAAUUUGAAGAUCCUGUGCAUCGAAAUUAAAAAGCACAUGGAUAUGAGCGAGUUUAAAAUGUGUGUUCUACGCAUAAAAAACGCGCACGACCACAAUUCCUUGCGCUAAUAAAAUUUAGUUCAGAACCCCCUCUCUGCACAAAUUAGACUGCUGCUACGCUCGCUCGCUUCAGGCUCGCUCGCUCCGCAGCAAUAAUUGUGGACGUCCAAGCCCGUAAAGUGGAAGCAUUAUAUUCGAUUUUGUAAAACAAUAUGGCGGCGUAAAAUUGACCACACAUUGGAGUUUAUUCCAUUCAUCAAAUUGUAAAAAAUAGAUUUCGAGACAAAAUCGUUGCAACGAUGGGAAAAGACAAAACAUCGAGACGUCCUAGAGGAAGUUUGGUUCAAGAUAUUGCUCAAUCUGACGCAGUGAAAAGAAAAAAUCGUCCCGCAAAGGAACGAUCACGACAGAGCGACAAUAUAGAUCAGUAUGUUAGUGAUAAACUCAGCAGAAAAAUUCUUGACCAAGCACUGGAUCAACAAGAUGAGCUUGAAGCGGAGUAUGGUGCUGUGGCAGCAAAGAAAGGGAAGAAAUCUUUAGCUGAAGCAAGGACAUCCCUUGGUGGUAUGUCCAAACAUGGUGCAGGUGGUAGUGAUGCUGAAAGUGACAGCAGUGAAGAACAAUUUUCUGAAGGAGAAGAUCAGUAUUAUGAAGAUGUGGUGGUGGAUGAAGAUGAUGAGAAAGCCUUGGAGAUGUUCAUGUCAAAAGAACCACCAGAAAGAAGAACACUUGCCGACAUUAUCAUGGAAAAAAUUAAAGACAAGAAAACGGAAAUUGAAAGCCAAAUGUCGGAAAAAAGUCUAACACCACCCAUGGACGAACGACUUAUUAAAGUUUUUAAAGGUGUUGGUGACAUCCUCAGCAAAUAUCGUUCUGGCAAGUUACCAAAAGCCUUUAAGAUCAUUCCAUCGUUACAGAAUUGGGAAGAGGUAGUCUAUGUGACAAAUCCCGAAAGCUGGACGGCUGCGGCCAUGUAUCAAGCAACGAGAAUAUUUGUAUCAAAUCUAAAUGCAAAAAUGGCGCAAAGGUUCUUCAAUCUAGUUUUGUUACCUCGUGUUCGAGAUGAUAUAGCGGAAUACAAAAGGCUGAACUAUCAUUUAUAUCAGGGUCUAAAAAAAGCUUUCUUUAAACCAGCCGCAUUCUUCAAGGGGGUAUUAUUACCAUUGUGUGAGUCUGGCACUUGCACUCUACGUGAAGCGAUCAUUGUUGGCAGUGUUGUAACGAAGACUAUAAUACCAGUCCUCCAUGCUAGCGCGGCAAUGUUAAAGUUAGCUGAAAUGGAUUACUCUGGCGCGAAUAGCAUUUUACUACGGUUACUUUUAGAUAAGAAGUAUGCUUUACCAUAUCGUGUUAUAGAUGCAGUUGUAUUUCAUUUUCUAAGGUUUUUGAGCGACAAGAGAACACUGCCUGUUCUUUGGCAUCAGUGCUUCUUAACGUUUGUACAAAGAUACAAGGAAGAUAUAUCAAGUGAACAAAAAGAUGCUUUACUUGAAGUUUGCCGAGUACACGCUCAUGAACAGAUAACUCCAGAAAUACGCCGGGAACUUCUGCAUUCGUCAUCAAGAGAUAUUGAACUCGCCAAUCAAAUGGAAGUAAAUACAUAAUCGGGGACAUUUGCCACAAUUUCAACCGGUCUGACGGGAGGUUACCAGCUUACCUAUAGCUGUUUUUCGAGGCGAUCGACGAUUUCGUCCAUGUAUGAUUUUGAACACAGAAAUGCAAAUCAGCCCUUUGUGAUAGUACAAAAAGGGCGUUAUAAUUUGGGUUUAUGUGUUUGGGGGAGCUGUUGACGCAUCAAAAACGCGCGUGGCCGAACUGCAAAAUGUAGUGAACAUGAACAGCUACUACAAAAGGAAAUUUGUUGUUCGUAAAACAUGUAUAAUAAAAGCAAUUUAGAAUUAUAUAUUGGCUAUUGAAUUAUCGCGAGGGAGAAGGCGAAGAAGGGGGAGGGGGGCAUUUAC